GAGCGACGUCUAACCAAAACAGAGUCCCUCGACAUUUACGUCUCGAAAAUACACACCAAAAUUCUCGUGUCCAACGGGGAUAGAAUGGAAAAUGCCCAUCCGGAACCGAACGGCGUCGUCCCUGAAUCCCCCGAAACCCACGUAAAAGAUAUGGAAAGCACAAAAGACGAAGAUUUGGAGAAAUUGGAGGAACUUCAAUCGCAGCUUGUUACGAUUUACAGCGAGAUUGAAGAUUUUUAUAAAAAGAUGCCUUUAACGGUAGAUAGGACCCAAUACGUGGAUAAUGUUAUCUCUGAUAUCGAGACCAUUGUGUGUAGCCUCCAAAAUAUCGCUUCCGUUGAUGAUGCCAAUAAUAUUCAAGAAGACAAAAACCUUCCAUCGGGAGAUGAAAAAUUUCCAUCGAACGAUAAGAUUAAUCCGAUGGAAGACCAAACUGAAUCGUGCGAAAAACAGAAUAAAAAUGUUAAAAAUGAAGAACAACAACGGUGGGAUCAGGAACACAAAGCUUAAUAUAAUCAACAACCCGUUAAAAAAUUUUAAUAAAAAUUAAUAAAGAA